AGCAGCUCAGGGCUCCCUGCAAAGCCCCCUGUGAAGCACAGCCUCUGCUAUGGACAUGUUUCUGUGUCUCUGCAUCUUUCUGGCUGUGGCCCUGGCUUUGUUAGCAAUGCAGCUGAAUCUCAAGAUGUUCACAUUUGGCCCCCAGGAGCCUCCCCACCUCCCAGCGCUACCUGUGAUUGGCAGUUUGCUUAGUCUGCGGAGCCCACACCCUCCUCAUGUUUAUUUGAAACAACUGCAGGACAAAUAUGGACAGACGUACUCUCUGAUGAUGGGAUCCCACAGUGUCAUCAUUGUCAACCAGCACAUACACGCGAAGGAAGUGCUGCUGAAGAGGGGGAAGGAUUUUGCAGGAAGACCCAGAAGUGUGACAACAGACAUUUUAACCAGAGGUGGGAAAGACAUUGCAUUUGGAAAUUACAGUUCUACAUGGAGGUUCCACAGGAAAAUAGUUCAUGGAGCUUUGUGCAUGUUUGGAGAGGGCUCCAUUUCCAUCGAGAACAUCAUCUGUGGUGAGGCCCAGUCUUUGUGCUCCAUCCUGUCGGAGGCAGCAGCCUCCGGCCGGGCCCUGGACCUGUCUCCGGAGCUGACCCGCGCUGUCACAAACGUCAUCUGCUCCCUCUGCUUCAACUCUUCCUACCGCAGAGGAGACCCAGAGUUUGAAGCCAUGCUGCACUACAGCCAAGGCAUUGUGGACACUGUGGCAAAAGACAGUCUGGUGGACAUUUUCCCCUGGUUACAGAUUUUUCCUAAUGCAGACCUGCGGCUUCUGAGACAGUGUGUUUCUGUCAGGGACAAACUUCUACAGAAGAAAUAUGAUGAACAUAAGGCAAACUACAAUGACCAUGUGCAGAGAGACCUGCUGGACGCCCUGCUGAGAGCCAAGCUCAGCGCUGAGAACAACAACACAACAGAGAUUAGUGUGGAAUCUGUGGGUCUCAGUGAAGACCACCUCCUCAUGACUGUGGGAGACAUCUUUGGAGCUGGUGUGGAAACCACCACCACUGUUCUCAAAUGGGCUGUCAUCUACCUGAUCCAUUACCCACAAGUGCAGAGACGAAUCCAGGAGGAGCUAGACAGUAAGGUGGGGGCAGACCGGUCCCCCCAGCUGAGUGACAGAGGACGUCUGCCUUACCUGGAAGCCACCAUCAGGGAGGUGCUACGGAUUCGGCCCGUUGCCCCCCUGCUGAUCCCCCAUGUGGCCCUCAGCGACACUAGCAUUGGAGACUUUGCAGUGAGGAAAGGAACUCGGGUCAUCAUCAACCUAUGGUCUCUGCACCAUGAUGAGAGAGAAUGGAGGAACCCUGAGCUCUUUGACCCUGGUCGCUUCUUGAACAGUGAGGGCACGGGCAUGAACAUCCCUUCUCCCAGCUACCUGCCGUUUGGUGCCGGCCUCAGGGUGUGUCUGGGCGAGGCCUUGGCCAAGAUGGAGCUCUUCCUCUUCUUGUCCUGGAUCCUGCAGCGCUUCAACCUGUCUGUCCCAUCAGGACAAUCUUUGCCCAGUCUGGAGGGCAAGUUUGGUGUGGUCCUCCAACCAGCCAAGUACAAGGUGCAUGCCAUGCCCAGGCCAGGCUGGGAGACAGGAAGCAGCACCUGGCAUGCUGAGGUGGGCAGUGAAAUGGAUACAGCACAACGUGUUGUUGCCUGAUGUGUUCACAGCCUUGUCCAACAGUCAAGUACUUAAUGGAUUGGCAGAGGGACGUGUACAAACCGGUUCCAUCAAUAUUUCUACAUUGGGACACUUCUAUGUUCCAUAGACUCAUAGAUAGAAAUUGAUUGAUUCUACAUAAACGUUUCCAUAUUGACUAACUGCCUUCAUCAAGGACCAUGGAGGAGGGUGGGCGCCAGUUUUAAAACGAUUAAUAAAAGGUCUAAUACGA